CUCCUCGAAGGUCUCUGCGCUCUUGCUCUGAGCUCUCUGAGCUCUCUUCUCUUUGACAGGCACGUUCAAGCGCUUCCGCCGAGAGUCCUCGACGAAAUGGCAGCUAUCUCCGUGAGUUUGAGUGUGGUGCAGGAAGCGAUGGCUCUGAGCUCUGUCCCCGUGUGUAAUGCGGGAAGUUUGAAGUCCCCUUCGGUGGCGAUGAGAUCGUCUUUCGGAGGGACCAGGCUGAAGGCAAGCUGCUUGAAGACUCGCGCAUCAGGUUCCGCUCCCGGAUCUCUUGUCACCCGAUGCACGGCCACGGUGCCGGCAUCGACUUCCGCCAAGUCCAUCGACACCGCGAAUGAUGCGCGAGUGUAUAACUUCGCGGCCGGUCCCGCGACACUGCCCGCUAAUGUGGUCAAGCAGGCACAAGCAGAUCUCUUCAACUGGAGGGGUAGCGGCAUGAGCGUUAUGGAAAUGAGCCACCGUGGGAAGGAAUUUCUUUCCAUAAUUCAGAAAGCGGAGGCUGAUCUGAGGACGCUUCUGAAAAUUCCUGAGAACUACGAGGUUUUGUUCUUGCAAGGAGGUGCCUCGAGUCAAUUUUCCGCCAUUCCACUGAAUUUGUGUACUCCGGAGGAUACAGCAGACUUUAUUGUUACUGGGUCGUGGGGAGACAAGGCGUACAAGGAAGCUCAAAAGUACUGUAAGGCUAACCUCUCAUUCACUGGGAAGCCUGGCAAGUAUACUAAUCUUCCUUCAGAGAGCGAGAUCAAGCUGACUCCAGGGGCAAAGUUCGUGCACAUUUGUGCAAAUGAGACGAUUCAAGGCGUUGAGUUCAAAGAGUACCCCAAUGUCGGUGACGCAAUUUUGGUUGCCGAUAUGUCCUCGAAUUUUUGUUCCAAGCCCGUUGAUGUAUCGAAGUUUGGCAUAAUAUACGGAGGUGUGCAGAAGAAUAUUGGUCCUGCUGGCGUCGUCAUCGUUAUCAUCCGGAAGGAUUUGCUUGGAAAUGCGCAACCUCAAACUCCCACCAUGUUUGAUUACAAGAUUCAUGCCGAGAACAAAUCUUUGUACAACACUCCUCCUUGCUUCCCCAUUUAUGUGUGUGGCCUUGUGUUCGACGAUCUUCUGGCUCAAGGCGGUCUGGAAGCAGCCGAGGAGAGAAAUAUCGAGAAGGCUUCUUUGCUGUACGAUGCAAUCGAGGGAAGUAACGGCUUCUACAAGUGCCCUGUGGAGAAAUCUGUGCGGUCGCUGAUGAAUGUUCCAUUCACCAUGCAAACUCCAGAGCUGGAAGCCGAGUUUAUUAAGGAGGCGGCUGCUCAGGGAAUGGUCCAAUUGAAGGGACAUCGUUCUGUCGGUGGUGUGAGGGCAUCCAUCUACAAUGCCAUGCCGAAGGCUGGAGUCGAGAAGCUGGUUGCACUAAUGAAGUCUUUCCAAUCGAAGCACUCGUCAUAAUGGCAAACUGUCAGCCAUUUUCCUCUCUGAAUAGCUUAGAUAGAUUUUUGUUAACAGUAGGUAGUUUACCCGGGGAACCGAUUCUUUGUUUUUUCAUGUCCGAGACGCUGGUUUGUUCAAUCAGUUCUUCGUGAAUUUGUAGGCCUGCGGAUAUGGAAAAGGAAAGGCAGAGUUUUCUCGGCUUUACAUGAGCGGCCUUCCUUGCCCAAGUGCUUGACAGAAGCAUGUGGGUUCAGUGAUCACUGAUCUAGCCAGAUGGUUACGAUGUCAAUGUGAUCGUGGAAUGACUGAAAGAGAAGUUUUGUAUAUCCUUUUAGUGCGAAUAUCGCUCUAGGACCAAUCGUAAUGUACGUUUACGGAGUCCAUGAUUGUUGCGAGCAACUUUUUUUCCUGUCAGUUAAACGACGCCGCCCAUGUACACUGCCCGAUGACAAACCAAGACAGCUUCGCCAGGGUAGCCGAUGCUGGCACAAUUUUGGCAUUGCUCUUUGGCUUCUAAAGAAUGUCACGGGAUGUCUCUGUGGCUCACUGCUUACGCA